AUGAUAGGACUAGCACGAGAAAUAAACGGUUACGUUGAGCCCUGGGUGUCUCGCCCGGUGACACAGCCGAAAUCAAAAGUAGGUAAUCCUGCCAACUUCAUCUCGGGGGGCUUGAAUCCUCAUAUUCCCUGGUAUCUUCCACCCAGCCCAAUCUUAAGUAACUCAGCAUGGCCCCAAAGGAGAGCUUUAAGGGCGAUUCCAGGCAUCUCACCCCAGGUUCUUUGCCAGGGUAGACGGUUGGGCAAAAGAAUCGCACCUAAGCAAACCACCGAUGAUAACGUUGUCGUCUGGAUCGGCACUGAAAAGUGCAUUGAGACCAACAAGAUCACAUCAUCUGCUCUUCAUGAGCGCUGGCUCCGCCUGCGCCUGACCAUCAAAGGCAAGGAACUUCAUAUCCAUCUGUCCUACAUUGCCGCUUGA